AUGAGAAGCUUCAACCGUAUAAAUAGCAUCAGACCUUAUUUUGAAUCAGGCUUAAAAUCAUCAAUUACCUCAGCCAGCAAAGUUUUAGCCGCUUAUCAGAUGUCUACAGAGUCAACAGCCCCAGUUGAGACUGCAGUCCCUGCAAAGGUCAGGGCCCCCAAGGCCCCAGCUGCUCCCCAGUUCACACUAAAAACCCCUAAAGGUACAAAGGACUGGGCUGACAAAGAUAUGACUAUUCGAUCGGCUAUUUUUGAGACCAUUACCAAAGUUUUCAAACGUCAUGGUGGUGUAACAAUUGACACUCCUGUUUUUGAGCUUAGAGAAAUUUUAUCUGGCAAGUAUGGUGAGGAUUCAAAGCUCAUUUAUAAUCUUGAGGACCAAGGUGGCGAGCUGACAUCUUUAAGAUAUGACCUCACAGUGCCUUUUGCAAGAUUUGUGGCAAUGAACGGCAUUCAAAAUAUUAAGAGAUACCACAUUGCUAAAGUGUAUAGAAGGGAUCAGCCUGCAAUGACUAAGGGCCGGAUGCGAGAAUUUUAUCAAUGUGAUUUUGAUAUUGCUGGUUCUUACGAGAAUAUGGUUGCAGACUCUGAAAUUUUGUCAAUUGCUGCCGAGGGUUUGACUGCUCUGGGAAUCGAGGACUUUACUAUCAAAGUCAACCAUCGAAAGAUUCUUGACGGUAUUUUCCAGCAUUGUGGUGUGAAGGAACAAGAUGUUAGAAAAGUUUCGAGCGCAGUUGAUAAGCUUGAUAAGGCCCCAUGGUCUGAAGUCAAGAAAGAAAUGGUCGUUGAAAAGGGACAACCAGAGGAAGUCGCUGACCGCAUUGGAGAGUAUGUGCUAAUCAAAGGAACUAUCAGUGAUGUAAUCAACAAGCUUAAAGCCGAUAGUGCACUGUCAAGCAACGCAUCAGCAGCUCAGGGAAUUGCGGAUAUGGAAACUGCUCUUCCUUACUUAGAAGCCUUUGGCGUCACCAAGCAUAUUUCGUUCGACCUUUCGUUGGCCCGUGGCUUAGACUAUUACACUGGUCUCAUUUACGAGGCUGUUACAGCUGCUUCUGCACCACCAGAGCCAUCAAGCAAAGAGGCUCAAUCUUCAAAUGCUAAUAAGAAAUCUAAGAAGGCGAAGAAACUGGAUGACGAUGAUGAUAACUCUGAAAAUGUAGGUGUCGGCUCAAUUCUUGCUGGAGGUCGUUAUGAUAACCUUGUGGGUAUGUUUGCGGGAACCAGCAAGAAAAAUGCUUCAAUUCCAUGUGUGGGCGUUUCUUUCGGUGUCGAACGUCUAUUUUCACUUAUCAAGGCACGCCCCGGUCUAUAUGAUAAUGCCAGAUCAACUUCAACUCAGGUGUUCCUAAUGGCAUUUGGAGGAGGUCCUACUUGGACUGGAUUUCUCAAUGAGCGCCUUUCAGUUGCUAAACUGCUUUGGGAUGGUGGUGUUGAAGCUGAAUUUAUGUAUAAAACAAAGCCUAAGACUCCGAAGCAGUUCGAGGCUGCUGAGAAGUCGGGUUGUCCAUUUGCUGUUAUUCUUGGCCAGGAAGAGUACCCCAAGGGCAUAGUCAAGGUAAAGGAAUUGGGAAUGGGAUCUGAUGCUGAUCAAGGUACCGAUGUUCCACUCGAGCAACUAGUUGACUUUGUGAAGGCCAAGAUUGCAGCUCGUAAUAACGGUAUAGACAGUGCUCUUCAACUUUUACGCUUAGAUAACUGA